CCGGGAGAAGCUCCGGGUCUGCGGCUGUAGAUCCUGCGCCAUUCCCGUCACCUCCCCCCGCUGUUCCCCCGCUGUUCCCCCGCUGUUCCGCUGCGGUUCUACCGCCGUCCCCGCCGGAGCUGCGGUUCUACAGCCCCCCCCUGGUUAACGAUGGCCGGCCCGGCCCCGGCCCGGUCCUAGUCCGGCCCCAGCCCGGUACCGGAGCCCCAGCCCGGUCCAGCUGGUCCCAGCCCGGUCCCAGCCCGGUCCCAGCCCGGUCCCAGUCCGUCGUGAUGGCUGCGGGAGCUGCGGGAGCUGCGGGAGCAGCUGCAGCCGAGCCGCGGCCGCAGCUGGUCGGGAAGAGAUUCCUGUGCGUGUGCGGGGAGACCCAGCAGAACCAGACCCAGCAGAACCAGACCCAGCAGACCCAGCAGAACCCCCCCCCGGGUCUGGGGGGCCACGUGGCCCGCUGGCCCUGGAGGUCCGGGGUCAUCCGGGCCGUGAGCGGCCGGGACACGGUGUACGUGGAGUUUGACGACCAGGAGUGGGAGCAGAGGGAGUGGGUGAAGGUCUCCGAGGACUUCCAGGUCUUCCUGCUGGAGAACCAGCUGGUCUGGGCCAAGAGGACGGAGGGGGCCGGGCCCCCUGGACCCCCCGGGGCCCCCCCAGGCCUGCAGGGGGCCAAGGCCCGGCCCCUGCAGUGGCCCGCGCUGGCCUUCAAGCCAGUAAAGGGGCGGAGCUUGCUGUCGUCAGUUACUGCUGUGGAAUUUCUGUUGGACCGAAAACUGGACUUUCUGUCGGACCUGACGUCUUUCCAGCCGUACCAGGACGAGCUGGACAGCCAGAACCCGGUUCUGAGGGAAAACCCUCAGCUGCACGAGGAGGUGAAGAUCUGGCUGAAGGACCAGAAGGUGCAGGAGAUCUUCAUGCAAGGUCCCUACUCCCUCAACGGUUACCGGGUUCGAGUUUACAGGCAGGACUCGGCGACGCAGUGGUUUACCGGCAUCAUCACCCACCACGACCUGUUCAGCCGCAACAUGGUGGUCAUGAACGACCAGGUGCUCGAGCCCCAGAACGUGGAUCCUUCCAUGAUCCAGAUGACGUUCCUGGACGACGUGGUGCACUCGCUGCUGAAGGGCGAGAACAUCGGCAUCACGUCCAGACGGAGGUCUCGGUCCAGCCAGAACAACAACUCGGCCCACAUGGCGGGAGGGAGACCCGGCGGGACGACCGGCAACACUCAGAGUCAUUAUACGAGAGCCCAGGCCAACAGUCCCCGCCCCAUAAUGACGUCAUCGGGCCCCUCCCCUAAAGGCCCCCAGGGGGCCCCGCCCCCCCAGCAGCAGAGUCCGGCCCUGCCGGCCCAGCCGGGCGAGCAGCGCAGCUCGCGCUCCUCCCGGAGGAAAGGCUCGGACAGUAGCGUCCCGGACGAGGACAAGGACCGGCGGGAGGACGCCGCCGCCGCGGGGCGAGAGUCCAAGUCCAAGGCGAAGCAGCCGCUGAGCAAACGCAGGAAAGGCGAGGAGGAGGAGAAGAAGGCCGGCCUGAAGAGGCUGAAGGCCGACGUGACCUCCGACCUCUCGGAGAGCAGCGACUCGGAGAACCCGCAGCACAAACGCAACGCCGGCUCCUCCUGCUGCUCCUCGUCCUCCUCGUCCACGUCGUCCUCCUCCUCGUCCUCGUCCUCCUCCUCCGAGCCCAACUCGGAGAACGAGCUGAAGAGCUCUGCCGUCUGCAAGAUGGAGGAGGACGAGACGCCCGUCACCAAGGGGGCCAAAGUAGAGCGGGCCUCGGCCCUGAUUGGCCGGGCGUCGCCGUGGGCGGAGCUCCAGGACGACAAGAAGAGCGUGUUGAAGGAGAAGCUGAUCACCAAGGAGGAGGAGGAGCUGGUGGCCGUGACGCAGAUCGCCACGCCGCCGUCCUCCGACUCGGAGAAGAAACCCCUGAAAGCCUCGUCUCGGUCUCAGACGCCGUCAUCCCAGCUGCACGGCGGCGGCGGCGGCGGUGGCGUGGAGCUCCCGGACGACGCCCAGGCCACGGUGCACCAGGAGAGUUCGGAGGCCGUGUCGGCGCUGCUGGCCUCCCAGAAGGCCGAGUCCACGGCGCUGUCGCCCUACCUCCCCCUCAACCCGUCGCCCGUGUCCUCGCCGCCCGUCCCGCCCUCGCCCUCGCCGUCGGAGGGAGGCCGGCGCGGCGACGCGGAGCCGCACGUCAAGCAGCAAGGCAUCGUGGUCGGCGCGGCGGCGGCGGCGGCAAAGUGCAAGAUGGAGUUCGCUCCCUCCGAAGUCAUCAGGGCCGUGGCGUCGGCGGCCGACGACCCCCCCCUGGUGAAGGAGGAGAAGCCCGCCCUUCCUCCUCCUCAUCUUCAUCAGCACCCGCACCUGCACUACAGCUCCGUCUACGCCGGCGUGGCCGCCCCGUCUCUGUGUGACGACCCCAGGAAACCUCUGCAGCUGCCCCCGCCCCCCCACAAGAUAAACUCGGCCCCGCUCCCCCCAGACCCGGUCAGCGCCAGAACCAGCCCCAACCCGGGCUCGGCGCCCCUCGAAGGCCUGAAGCAGCGGUCCCAGGGGCCCCAGGGGCCCCAGGGGUACCAGGGGUCUCAAGGGUACCAGGGGCCCCAGGGGCCCCAGGGGCCCCAGGGGUACCAGGGGUCUCAAGGGUACCAGGGGUCCCAGGUUACCCAUGGUUCCCAGGGGCACCAGGGGCCCCAGGGGUACCAGGGGUCCCGCACCUCUCCGGGUCUUCCCAAGCCCCCCCCAGGCCCGCUGGAGCCCCCCAAACCCAAACCCAACCCGUCCCCGGAGCUCCCCAAACCUAAAGUCCUGCGCUACCCCCGACCCCUCGCCGCCCCCCGCCGACGCCUGCCCUCCAAGGUGGAACCGGAACCCGCGCGGUCCGGUUUCAAGCCCCUCCCCCUGCGGGCGGAGGGGGGCGGAGUCAGGCCCGCCAGCACCAAGAGCCCCCUGAUCAUCGACAAGAACGAGACCUUCACCGUGUACCGGGACCCGGCGCUGGUCCAGUCCGACCCGGACGUCUCCGCCCCCCCAGCCGGCUCGUCCAACCACGUGACGGCGGCGUACCUGCACCCGCACCUGCACCCGCUGCACCCGUCCUCCUCGCCCCACCCGCCCUGCCUGGCCCCCGGGUCCCACGCCCUGCUGGCGCCGCCCCGCCACUCCCCGGGCCUGCCCCACCAGCACCUGCUGCCCCCCGGGAUGCUGCCGGCCAUGCCCCCCCCCUCCGCGUCUCUCCUGGGGGGCCACGCCCGCCUGGACGCCCCCGCCGGCCUGGGCCACCUCGCCCUCCCACACCCGGUCGCCGCCGCCGCGCACCAGCAGCAGUUUCUGCAGGGCCACGGCGCGGCCCCGGGGCUCGGCCUCUACCCCCUCCUGUGGCCGUACGCCAACGGGACGGCAGCGUCGUACCCGCCGGGACUCAACCUGCCGGCCAACUGGGUCCACUCGGACGGGCCCGUCACUGUGAACUCGGAGACGUCUCUCAGGAGGACGUCCACCAGUCCGUGGCUGCACCAGACCGCCUGCAGCGCCAGCGACGGUCUGGGUUUGCUGAAGCACAUUCCAGUCCGGCCGGCGAGCGCCGACGCCUACCGGCCCCCCGUCAAGAUGAGCACGCACAGCAGCCCCCCCAUCCCCAAGAACAUGAUGGGGCAUAAAGAAGACGUUCCUAAGAAGAGCUUCUUGGACCCGGUCCGGACUCUGACGCUGGCCCAGCUGAAGCAGGAGCAGACGGACCGGAGUCGCCCCGCGGCGGGGAAGGACGUGCACAUCCACCGGCUGUACCUGGACCCGCACGGCAAGGCCCGGCUCUCCAACGCUCAGGAUGCAGGUCUGGGUUCCGACCGGUCCGUCGUCAAGUACAAGGAGGAGAACAGGCAGAUCCUGAAGGAGAGCAUCGAGGUGGCCCCGUUCACGGCUAAGAUCCAUCACCCCGGGACGGACCGGGACCCGCCCAGGGACCAGGUCUUCCCGGUCCGGGUCCCGGCUCUGGCCUCCCAGAGCUCCAAGAGCACGUACUUCACCACGCUGUCCAACAGCAUCGUCAACGAGCCGCCGCGGCUCUUCCCCUCCAAGGAGCUGGGGAGCUACUACGACCCCCGGGGGACGUCGCCGGUCAGCGCCGGCGUUAGCGUCGCGGCGGCGGCAGCAGGGAACUCCUUCGCUAGUUUCACCCCCAAGGCCUCGCUGUCCAAGCCGCCCCCGCUCAUCAAGCACAAGCCGGAGGAAGGUCUGGCGGGGAAGAUCACGGAGCAGCUCAGCCAGCAGGUGUCGCUGGUGCAGCAGCAGGUUCACGCCGCCGUGGACCGGAUGGAACGCCGCAGUCCGGCCGUGGACGUGGCCCUGUCCUCGGCCCCCGCCCACCACCACCACCCGCUGCAGCAGCACCUCAGGGCGAUGCCGUCCCUGCACCGCGCGCCCGUCUUCCACCCGCCCACGCAGCUAGCGCUGGAGCGUAAGGAGGCAUCGGAGCGCGAGCGGGAGUGGGAGCGGGAGAGGGCGGCCUACGGCGGGCGGCUGUCGCCCCCCACCCUCACGCCCAUCCAGCCCAUGAGCACCAAGGCCUCCGCGGAGCAGCAGAAGCCGCCCACGCUGGUGCCCGAGCUCAGGGACGUCAAGGGCCACGGCGGCGGCAGCAUUGUCGCCGUGACCUCCGCGACCUCCGCCGGCAGGGGAGGGUUUUACAACCGGGAGAGAAACCCCCCGGCGGCAGCGACGGCGUCGGUCAUCGUACGUCCAACCAUGUCCCUGAGGUACGACUGGAGGCCCGAGGGCGGGGGGGGUACCAGGACCGCCGCCGGGACCGGGGAGCCCGGUAUCGGCCGGGUGAUCCAGCCCAACUCCAGGCUGGAUCUCACCUGCGUCCAGUACAAAAGCACCUCCGUGCCGGGCCCCCAGGGGGUCCCGGGGGUCCCGGGGGCCCCGGGGGUCCAGGGGGCCCCGGGGGUCCAGGGACCCCCCCCUUCCAGCAGGGCCGGGGUUUUGGUCUCAACAGACUCCCGGUCCGGGGGCCCCUCCUGGGACGGGUUGGCCCCCCUGAGGGUCCAGAACCACGACUGCCGCCCCACCACGUCUCCGGACCCUUCGGCGGGGCCGCCCCCCACCCAGAGCCCCGCCCAGGCCCCCCCGGGCCCCCCCACCUCCGUCUCCGGCCCCCAGCAGCCGCCGUACCCGCCCUCCUUCAUCCACCUCAAGAAGCACAAAGCCGCUCUGGCCGCCGCCCAGUCCAGAAGCCACGCCCCCCCCUCUGCCCCCCCCGUUCCCGUGACGACUAGAACUGGAACCCCCCCCUCGGGGUCGGACUCGGCCCCCCCCGGCCACAGCCUGACCCCCCCGCCCUGCUCGUCCGGCGGGUCCACGCCGGGCACCUGCAGCCCCCUGCCCAACGGCCAGCCCUCGGGCCCCGCCCCCUCGGGCCCUGGCCCCGCCCCCUCAGGCCCAGGCCCCGCCCCCUCGGGCCCCCCCAGCAACUACCACAAGCUGAAGAAGGCAUGGCUGACGCGGCACUCGGAGGAGGACCGGAACACGGCCGUCGCCGUGGUUACCGCGGUGACCGCCGCCCCCCCUGUCGCCUCCGCCGCCGUCGUCAGCGUCAAGGUGGCGAAGCCGCUCGUCACGACCGCUAACGCCUGCAACGCGGCGUCGGUGUCGGACAUGAUCAAGCCGUGCACCGUCAACCUCUGCGCCUCCACGUCCGGCGAGGAGCUGGGCAAGGACUGCGCCAGGGCCGAGCGCGAGCGGCAGCAGCAGCAGCAGCAGGAGGACAAGGACAAGGUCACGGCGUUGGGAGGCGGCGGCGACGACAGGAAGUCGACUCACCCGUCGCGGCGGGCGAGCAAGCGCUCGUACGACUCCGGCUCGGAGAGCGGCGGCGGAGACGACUCGGACUCGGCCAGCGAGAGCAAGACGGAGGGCCGGGCCAAACGGCAGCCCAAGCCCACGUACAAGAAGAAGCAGAACGACAUGGCGAGGCGGAGAGGAGACGACCGCGAGGACGACGACGGGAAACCCAACGGCAUCUUCAGGUCGGCCCGCGAGAAGACCAAGCUCAAGCUGGCCAGCAGCAACGGCAUCCCCCGCUCGGUGCUGAAGGACUGGAGGAAGGUGAAGAAGCUGAAGCAGACGGGCGAGUCGUUCCUGCAGGACGACUCGUGCUCCGAGAUCGGGCCAAACCUGCAGAAAUGUCGCGAGUGCCGGCUGGUCCGCAGCAAGAAGGGCGAGGAGCCGGCGCAUUCCCCCGUCUUCUGCCGCUUCUACUACUUCAGACGACUGUCCUACAGCAAGAACGGAGUGCUCCGGACGGACGGCUUCUCGUCCCCGGAGCAGUUUGACGACGAGGCCCUGGCGUUGUGGGUCCCCGGGCCGGCCCAGGACGGCCCGCUGGACCAGAACACGGCCAAGUACAUCCUCAGCUUCAUCGGGGACAAGUUCUGCCAGAUGGUGACGACGGAGAACACGGCGGCCGGCUGGAUCAAGAAGGACGCCAAGCCGGCCUGGAAACGGGCGGUGAGGGGCGUGAGGGAGAUGUGCGACGCCUGUGAAGCCACGCUCUUCAACAUCCACUGGGUCUGCCAGAAGUGCGGCUUCGUGGUCUGUUUGGACUGCUACAAGGCCAAGGAGCGGCGCAGCUCCAGAGAUAAGGAGCUGUACGGCUGGCUGAAGUGUGUCAAAGGUCAACCUCACGAUCACAAGCACCUCAUGCCGACGCAGAUCAUCCCUGGAACAGUUCUGGCAGACUUGGUGUCGUCCAUGCACUCCCUGAGGGACAGAAACAACAUCCGCUCUCACUGUCCCUGCAGCAGCAAGCAGAACGUCCUCUCCAAGCUACCGGCCACCAACGGCGUCUCUCAGGUUCUCCAGAACGUCCUGAACCACAGCAACAAGCUGUCGCUGGUGAAGGCCGAGCCGGGCCCUCAGAACCACGGGGGGGUGAAGGCCGAGACCAACGGAGGAGACGGAGGAGGAGGAGCUGGAGGAGCAGGAGCUGCAGGAGCAGGAGGAGCAGGAGGCAGCAGUCCCGCCAGCAACGCAGCAAGUUCCCCCGUCUCCCCCCCGGAGUCCCAGUCGCCGCUGCACUUCCUGGCCGACCUGGCCGAGCAGAAGUCCCGGGAGGAGAAGAAAGAGAACAAGGAGACGGUGGUUGUGAGUAAACCGGUGAAGGAAGAAAAGGACGGCCUGGAGGUUCUGCAGCAGUGCAGGGCCUCGUCUCUGGGGGCCGGCGGCGAGCAGGGAUCGACCCUCCGGGACCUGCUCACCACCACGGCCGGAAAACUGAAGCUGGGAUCCACCGACGCCGGCAUCGCCUUCGCACCCGUCUUCUCCACCGCCUCGCAGACCGGUAAAGGCGGCCAGCCGAUGCCCAACAUCCUGGACGACAUCAUCGCGUCGGUGGUGGAGAAUAAAAUCCCCGCCAGCCGCCAGAACAUCACAGCCAAGCUGUCAAUCAAGCAGGAGGUGAUCGUCCCCGCCGCCGCCGCGGAGGACGCCAAACCGGAGAAGAAAAAGACGAUGGCGGCGGCGGCUCCGACCGCGGCGGCGGCGCCGCCACCGGCGGAGGACUCGGCCAAUCAGCACGCGGGGAUCCCCCACUGCUGGCUGAGCAACGGCCGGCUGCUGUGGCUCAAGGACCACCGUAACCACGGCAACUGGAGGCUGUUCAGGGAGAGCUGGAGGCUGGGACAGCCCGUCCUGGUCUCCGGGAUCCACAAGCGUCUGAACGUCGGUCUCUGGAAGGCCGAGUCGUUCAACCAGGAGUUUGCAGAUCACCAGGGAGACCUGCUGAACUGCAGAGACCAGGUGGUGACGAACUCCGGCAUCAAGGAGUUCUGGGACGGAUUCGAGGACAUCACCAAGCGUCCCCGGUCCGAGGACGGGGAGCCGAUGGUUUACCGGCUGAAGGACUGGCCGUCCGGGGAGGAGUUCAUGGCCCUGAUGCCGUCACGGUACGACGACCUGAUGAAGAACCUUCCCCUCCCAGAAUACUCUGAUCCUGAGGGGAACCUGAACUUGGCGUCUCACCUGCCCUCGUUCUUCGUCAGGCCGGACCUGGGACCGCGGCUCUGCUGCGCCUACGGUGUAGCAGCGUCUCAGGACCAGGACUUCGGCACCGCUAACCUGCACGUGGAAGUCUCCGACGUGGUCUCGGUCCUGGUGUACGUGGGCAUCGCCAAGGGCAACGGAGUCCUGUCCAAGACCGGGGUGCUGAAGCGUCUGGAGGAGGAGGACCUGGACGACGGCGUCCGGCGGAGGCUGAAGGAUUCCAGCGAGACUCCGGGGGCGCUGUGGAACAUCUACCUCAACAAGGACCUGGACCGGGUCCGGGACUUCCUGCACAAGCUGAGCAGGGAGCAGGGCCUGGACCUGAACCCGGACCAGGACCCCCUCAGGGACCAGGACCCCCUCAGGGACCAGGGCUGCUAUCUGGGCAGGAAGCAGCGGCAGCGGCUGCUGGACGAGCACGGGGUCCAGACCUGGACCGUAGUCCAGUUCCUGGGGGACUCGGUGCUGAUCCCUGCAGGCUGCAUGCACCAGGUCCAGAACCUCCACAGCUGCGUCCAGGUGAUCAACGACUUCGUGUCUCCGGAACACGUGACUCGGUCCUUCCAGCUGACGCAGGAGCUGCGGCCGAUCAAGGAAGAGGUCAACUACGAGGACAAGCUGCAGGUGAAGAACAUCCUGUUCCACUGCGUGAAGGAGGCCGUCCGGUCCCUGAAGAGGAGCCCGUCUGACGAGGACUCAUGACACCCGCCUGGCUUUGGCCACGCCUCCAGGGCGGGGUUAGCCACGCCCCCUCGGCCCCCCCGCCACUCGCUCAUCGUCACGGCGGUUGGUCAAAGCUGGUCACAUGACCUGGUCACAUGACUGCUCGGUCGUCACGGGUGGGACGCCUCCAUCCCCACCUGAGCUGCAGGGCCGAGAGGAGACGCAGGGCUGCACCUCCGGGGGGGGCCGAGGGGGCCCCUGGACCUCCGGGGGGCCGAGGGGGCCCUGAAUCUAUAAUGGAAUAAUUUCCUGAAAAUGUAAUAAAAUUUGCACUUAACGCAAUCGAAAAUGUAAUAAAACCCAAUAAGGUAAUAACUUCACCAAUAAUGUUAUAAAAUAUCCUGACGGAUAUUGUAAUAACAUUUUUACCCAUAAUGUAAUACCUUAUUACAUUUUUGGGAAGUUAUUACAUUUUUCCAAAUUUUCCUGAUAAUGUAAUACUUGACAAAUUCCAGUCCAGAUUCUAUGGAGGAUUUUUUGUGUCAAAAUUAAAUAAAUACAUAAUUAAUUAAUGUAUUUAUUUAUUUAAUGUGUCAUGAAUUA